GCCGGUUUCUCUUCUUCGUCUCCGCUUUCUCCUCGGCAAACCACCGACAAGACCGGCAAGCAGCGGUCUUGCCGGUGUCUUCCCGGAGGCCGGACCUCUGUGCUCGCCCCGGGGACUUCCACCCCGUGAUUCACGGCUGCUUUUCCCCGCGAAAACCGAAGAUGUCGACGUUUUCCAUCUGUUCAGGCGCCACGCGCCCUCCCAUUUCGACGCUGGUGUCUGUAGGCACAAAAAAAACGCUGGACUCGAGCUCGCGGUCGCAACCUGUUCGGCGUCUUUUCAUGUCCAGCCUCCGCGAGAAGCACUUCCCCGUUUCUGCUUGCGUCUUACCUGUCUGUGGAAUACCGUACCUAGCUGAUUCUCGGAGUGCACCCUUCCAGACCGGGGGGAGAAGGGAACGAAAUGCGGUGCGCAGAAACCCGAAUUGUUGCGCUGAACUUUUCCAUUCCCGUCGGAGUUCCCACACGGAGCUGGCCUACACUCUCCCGAGGAGCACACAAUUUCGUUCUGCGGGAUUUUCAAGCGUUCCGUUCUUCUGCCUCUCUUCGCCGAAGCUGGCGGCCGAAACCAAGGUUUCGGGGGACAGCACCGCGAUCAGUCCGAACACGCGGGGUGUACCUACACCCGGCGCCUCGCUUCACGCAGAAGCUUCGACCGAUAAACAGGCAAAGGAUAUGAAGCAAAGACGCACAGGGAGAACGGUCACUAAAUUCCUUGCCGGGGCGGUUCUGUUGGGACUUGGAGCUGUCGGUGCCGCCGUGGUCUUGGACGCAGAUACAGUCUUAAAAUCCCGAUUGGCAUCGAGGGCUCCAGAGGUCGUGAAAUUCCUCGAAGCGACUGUCAUCCCGUUGCUGAGUUUAAGCGGCCUUGCCGCCUACGUCCCCGCGAUCGUCGCUCCAACAAAUCCAGCACUUUCACCCACUCCUCCUCUGUUCCCGUCUUCGGCGCCUGCGGCUCCUCUGCCUCAGCCUGCCUUGUCUCGCCCUGAACUGUCGAGCCCGAAAAGCCCCGGGGAAGACGCCCGGGAAAGUGUCCCCUCGGUCGCAGGGGCCAAGACGCGCGACGCCCCCGCGAGUGUUUUGUCGGAGAAGCGAGAAGCGUCUCAACUGAAGGACGAACAGAAGACCCAGAACACGCAGGAUCAGUUGUCCCCGCAGGACGAGAAACUUCAGAUGGAGCUGCUUUUCCAGCUCCUAUCGCAUCUUUCCGACAGCCAGAAAGGUUCUCUUGGCCUCUUGCCCGCGGCUGUGAAGACAGCGCAGCCGACACACGGUGGAAAGUGCGAGGUUCCUAAGGAGUCAACUGUCGAGGCGCAGCCCGUACCCAAAGCCGCUGUGAAGGAGUCGACGGAGACGCACGAGAAAAGCGUGCAAUCAACGCCGGUCCUGAUGAGCGUGGAGGAGGCUGUCUCAGCAGAGAAGGAAGCCAUUCGACAUUUGAGCGUAGAGGCUCUUCGAGAACGCCUUUUGGAUCUUGCAUCUCAGCUUGCGAUUGCACGCCGGUACGACGCGCUGCGACGCGCCGAAGAUGUGCAAAAGUUGCAAGGGGAAGUUGCCGUUGCCUACGACCAGAAAUUGAAGACCGAAAUUGAAAAGGAACGUGGGCGCGCAGCGGAGACUGUCGAGCGUUUGGUCCUCGCCAAAGCGAAGGAAAUUGAAGAGUCUGCGAAUCGGCGAUUGGCAGAAGAGUUGAAAGUGCAGUGUGAGCUGCGAGAUGAACGCGAAGCACAAGAACGACGUCAGAUGGUUUUGGAUCUUGUUGAACUCGAGGGCCAGGUCUUGGGUCUUCAUGCUGCCUUCGACGCGUUGUCCCUGCGAGCUCAACAGGCCCAGGCGGUGAACAGUCUGAUGAGUGUUGUCGCGGAAAUCGACAACGCCCUGGAGAUGUCAGCUCCUGUUCUUCCACAACUGAAAAAACUUCAAGAAAUGAGUCGCUUGGACCCCAUCCUGUUCAGUGCCCUCAACAGUCUCCCCUGUGAGGUCACCGAAGCGACGCAUCGGCCAGUUCCGACAGCUGGUGACUUGAAAGUGUCGAUCAAGAAGAAUUUGCGUGAGUGCAUCCAGGCAGCAUUCAUCCCUCCGCAUUCGGGGAUUUUCGGACAUCUCCUCGCCAGAGCCUUCUCGUGGUUCUACGUCCUGGAGCCGCACCCGCCGCCAAUCGAUCCGGAAACGAGUGCAGACCCGAGCAGAGCUGUAGCGGAGGCGGCCGACCUGGCGGGAGGAAUUAAUGCUGAAUCGGCUCUGAACGACCGCGAGAGCUCAGCCGGUACAGGCGACUCCACAUCACGAGACGGACUUGCCAAGCUUCGGCGAAAUCUCGCACUCCUCUCCUACGCUUCCUUCUACGUCGACCGAGGGCAUCUAGGCAAUGCGUUGCGAUGCCUCGAGCAGCUGGAUGGCCUCAGUAGGGCUGUUAGUCUGGAGGAAAUUCAGCGUCUGCGAGUUUUCUUGCUCCUCCACCAAACUCUUCAGCUUGCGAAAGCGCGUCUCGCAUGCAUCAAUGCGGAUCUGCUUGCCGGUGCUAAAUCCCCAUGAAGGAGAACGCGACGGGGGUGGGUGUGUUGCGGGAUGCUAGGUGGUACGAACUAUUCGCCGACCUAGACUUGAAGAAAGCAGAGCCAGAUAAGUUGUCUUCACUGGAUGAACUGCCGCAGUGAGAGUUGGCAGCUUUCCGGACGGCGCCACGGCUUUUUUUAAAUGCCACUUCGGAAUUUGCGAUGACUGGUUGCGGUGGUGCAGCGGCAGUUGGAGACCGCAAAUACGUAUAAUACGAACUCCAACGACGGGGUCGCCGUCGAGCUGUCAACGUCAAGAAGCAAUUUUAACAAGAUCUGCGCUGUCUCCGAAAGGUCGGCUGCGUACCGCAGCUUUUCGGGACGAUUUUGCGUUGUCAGUCAUCAUUUCGGGUGACACGUCUCGUGGCUGCGUACGCGUGCCGUUUGUAGAUUAUGAAGGCCAUAUAUGUUCUCCGGCACCAUUCCUUCCAUUGUACGCUCGUGCUGGUGACAAGUUGUUCUCCUGAGACUGUGCCCUUCCCGUUGUGGGUGAUAUUUGUUUGUACAUCGUUGUUCACACUGUGAAUGUCAUGACCCGCCCCCCCCCCAAAAAAAAGCGUCUCGGCGAACAUGGACAAUCUCCCUCAUGUUGCUAUCUCUCAACUUCGUCUCGUGCAUUCUGCCAUCUUUAUUUUUCUGAGUCCAUGUCGUGUGAGCGGCUGGAAUAAUGUCCCGG